AAUAAACAACUAAAAAAACAUGUCAGUGGCUUCUGCGUCUGUUGUUCAGUAUGGCAGGAGAAAAGGGUCAAGCAGGAAAGUUAACUCAGCAAAGGUGAACGAUAAACCGAAUCCUCCUGUAGACCUACGCGAUAUGAUUGUGCUGCCCACAUCAGAAUGGAGGCGAAUCCAGGAUAGUGUGAAUCGUGUGAACAAACAACACGAGGAUCUCAUUGCAGCUGCGAGACAGCGUGAGGCCAUGCACCUGCGCUCCAAAGAAGUUGUCAAGAAUUGGUCUAACACCAUUGCUGGACAACGGCAAAAGAAGUUGGAGGCGAAGAAAAUUAGAGAGGAAAUCGAAGAGGAGGAGAGGAAACAGAUCGACAGAGAGGAAGCAAAGUUUCAAGAGCAGAAAAGAAAGGAAGCGAUCGAGAGGGCAAAAACCCUGCAAUACUACCAGAUCGACAGAGUGAAAGGAUUUCAUAGUGCCCUGCUGAUGACCGAGGUCCUGAAGGAGCGGGAGGCCCAGAUUGCGCUGAAGAAAAGAAAAGAGAAUGCCUCGAAAGACGUAGAUAAAGAGAUCCUGGCCAUGAUUACACAAAAAGAAGCGCUGGCUUUACAGCAGGAGUGGCAGAAAGCCUUGGACAGGAAGCAAAAGUGUCUGGCAGUUGCUGAGAGUUUGAAACAACAGAUUAAGGAGCAUGAGCAGGCAAGAGAGGAAGAGAUAAUGGAAAAGAAGAAAGAGGCAGAGGAACUCGAGCGAUUCAAAGAGCUCUAUAUUAAGGAACAAACCGAACGCGAGCAGAAGAAGCAAGAGGAGAAGAGAAACAUCAUGGAGGCUUAUCGAGAACACCUUGCCAAUAAGAAAAUCAUCCAAUCGGCCGAGGCUGAGGAACAGGAGUUGGAAGAAGACAGACGAAAUCUUUUUGUGAAGGCGAAAGGCAAAAUGAUGAAACUCAGAAAAGAAAAAGAAGCAGAGAUGUUCAGAGAGUUUCAGAGACACAGGGAAGCCCUUGUUGAGAAACUGGCAGCAUAUCACCAAGAAAAAACCAUCAAUGAAGAAGAGCUGAUCUCUCAGGCAGCUGCAGAAGCAGAGGCCAAGCAGGAUAAACAACAUCAUGAGAAGGAGGAAAAGAAAGCUGCCAUGUUGAAGAGUAUUGCUGAACACAGAGAUGCGGUGCAAAAAGAGCUGGAGUACAAGAAGCAAGAGGAGAAACAAAAAGCUAUCGAGAUGCUUAAUUCAAAGAAAGCAUCAGAUAUGAUUUUCCUUCAAAAGCAGCUAAUCAAGGCCCAGAAAAUGAAAGAGGCAGCCAAACUGCUCCAAGACGCUCAUGUCCAUCAGAUGGCUGAGAAACAUGCCCAGGAGCAGUGCAUGAAAAACCAAGAGCAGGAAUUUGAGGCAAGGAAUGCAGAGCUUAUUGCAGAGGAUGAGAACCAGUUUCAGAAUUACGCCAAGCGUGUGAUUGAGAAAACCAGCGAGGCUCAGAGAAACACCUCCAUUUUGCAGAAGGCCACAAAGAAGGGCAUUGGUGGAGGACUCGGGCCUGUGUUUGGAGGAGUCCGACCAAGUUAUCUAGUUCAGGAUCAAUCAGGGGUUCAGCUGCCCAGUUACGCCUGCAGUAGUACUCAAGGCAUAAAGGAGCUGAAUGAAACUACUGACAUCCAGGAGUCUAAAAAACGAUUGGGAUUUACUUGGUAAUU